CAAACCCAGUUUAACCACUCAAACAUCUCUAAAACUAAAAUAUUCUUUAGCUAUGGUUUUCAAUUUUCAUUCGUUCAAUAGAUUUGGUUGACAGUAAUGAAUUAAGGUAUGAAUAUGAAAUCGCCAUCAACUUCAACUCCAGAUCAUCGUGCCAACCCCUCCAAUUUUCAGAAAUCCCACUUUCUCCGGACAGUGUGUUUGGCGGAUUGGUGGUUGGUUAAGUCUGAAAAUGAGGUCCAAGGAAGGCGACUCGCCGUUGGAGGGCUUACUGACCAGGGGAACCAAGCUAGGCGAGAGUUUACAUCAGCACCGAUCCUCAAAAGUUAUGAUGAUUUCAAUAUUGAAACCACUGAUGGGAUUUGUGUUGUACUGAAGGGCUUCAUAAACAAAGAUCGCACAUUGGAACAUGGGUUUCCAUCUGAUGUUUUCAACCAUUUUGUUUUUGGGUUUCCACUUUACUGGAAGGAGUAUGAUGAAAAUGUUUUGUGUAAACAGCCUCCCUCCAAGGAAAUUGUGACAGACAAAUUCUCUGAGCAGCUCUCUCAGGGACUUAGAUAUUGUGAGAAAAUCAGGUUUAACUCUAUUUCAUCAGUCGGCUUUGAGGAAGUAGAAUCAGAACUAGUUGUUGAUAAAGAACCAGUGAGUAGCAACAACCGUAAUUCUGAGGACAAGGGUAUCAGAGAAAUUAAAACUAGAAGCAGCUCCUGUAAGGCCAAAACUAAAGCUACAGAGUUACCUUCUACACCUGCUGUUUCAUUGAAGUCACAUGACUCAGAUCGUACUCCAGCUUCUGCAGACAAUCAUAGGGGUAAUUUAACUAAUGGGAAAAGUAGUUUGUCGGAGAAGGCUAAGGAUUUGGGCAAGGCAACCAGACAAAAUUCCAUGCCUGUUAGUAAGGAAACUCCUAAAAGGGAAAACAAAAAGGAAAAGGGUUGGAAUGCAUCACCACAGUCAUGUAGUUUCCGCAGAUCUCGAUCAGGGAGAUUGCUGAUGCCUACCUUGGAAUUUUGGCGCAAUCAGAGGGCUAUUUAUGACACGGAUCGAACCGUCACUGGAUUUGAGGAAGGCAUGCAGCCCUAUCAGCUUAGAAAUGGAACAUAAUGUAGGAAGCAGGCCAUUCUCAACGGAACUUCGGGGCUAAUUUCGUUGAUCCUUUCAACUGCAGUUGCUAUGGUCAUCAUGUUGAUAAGCUGUAUUUAGGUAUAAGUAAUUAUGCAUCAGCAGUAAAUGCAAUUUAGUUUGAAACUAGAGUUAUAACCCAAUGAAAUGCGUUGUAGCCAUAGGAGUAUUUUGGACACAGAUAUUAGGAGGUAUGGUUUGGUGCCAAUGGGCAAUGUGUAUUAAUUUAGAUAUUGUGUCAAAACGAUGUCGUUUUGGCUACUUGACUUCGACUUUUCAUCUCGAGCUAAGAGCAUCCUCAUCCAUGCUCUUGUCAAAGAGCAUGGAAGUGGGCCCGGAUCCACUUUUAUUCA